AGCUGGACUUGCACCAACGGGCCGCCGGCCACUUCAUGAGAGCCGGCGGCAACAUGUGCGACGGCUCGUUCACGGAGACCCUGCGCGGUAUGCAGGGCAUGUCGGGCACGUCGCCUCCCGGUGGUGCGGGGGUCGGCCCCAUGGGGGUUGGCCUCGGCAGCCCUCUCGGCCCGACCACGAAGAAGGCGCAGGUGGAGCACAUCAAGAGGCCGAUGAACGCGUUCAUGGUCUGGUCCCGGCUGCAACGGCGGAAGAUCGCGCAGGAGAACCCGAAGAUGCACAACUCGGAGAUCUCCAAGAGGCUCGGUGCGGAAUGGAAACUCCUGACGGAGGACGAGAAGCGACCCUUCAUCGACCAGGCGAAAAGGUUACGGGCGCAGCACAUGAAGGAACACCCCGAUUACAAGUACAGACCAAGAAGAAAGCCGAAAACCCUGCGGAAGGAGGGUUAUCCUUACAGUAUUCCGUACCCCAGCGUGCCCAUGGAUGCGUUUCGAGCUGGAAUGGCUGGCAGUAUGGGACAAGCUGGAAUGGGCUCGUACUACGGCCCCGCGGCGGCUUACGGUUCGCUCUCCGCAGCCAGCAUGGCCGCGGCCGCGGCUGCGGCUGCACAGCAGUCUGCGGCCGCGAUGUCCGCGGGCCUCGCAGCACCUGCUCAGGUGGUGAGCUCGAUGGACGCGAUGAAGUACUCGAUGGAAGCCGACAAAUACCGCGCCGCGUACAUGCCGCCGAGUACACUGGCGAUGAGCAUGUACUCGGACCACAAGUACCUGGACUCGAGUCCGAAGUCGUAUCUGGACCGGAACUACCUGGAUCCAGCGAAGGUAUACUUCGAGCAGUCGAAACUGUACAUGGACCAGAAGCCGGCGGUGUCCGACUACAAUCGGUCCAGUUACGAGCAUAACAAGCUCUAUGACGAGUCCAGCCCCGGCAGCGUGGUGGGUGGCGGUGGUCCGACAAGGUCACCGGCUGCAGAGUCACCGGACAUGAGCAAGCAGCACGAGAGGAACGAGCAAGGCUCGUCCAGCGCGAGUUCCACGUCUACCUCGUCCGCUGCAAGUCCCGGGGCGAGUCUACCGGCCUAUUACCCAGGUCCAGUGCAAACCAGCGGAUUGCUAGGGCCGCAGAUGAGCCAGUACAGUGGCUACCAAACCGCCUCAGCGCCUGGAAACGAAUCGUUCAGACGGCCACUCGUCAUCUUCUGACCCGAUAGAA